CAACCAUAAAUAGCGGUUAGGUCUCCGAAGAGAAAGAAAGAACUCGGACCGCGUACAACGAAACACGUGAAGGCUCGAUCACAAAGCAUUUCGUCUCUAACCAGGAAGUAACUCCACCGUAAGGGACGUUUCAUCGAUUUGUCAUUAAAGUAACCUUGCGGUACCUCCUACCUACAACGUAGCCAAACACGCGAAACAUUUUGAUGAAUCUUUUUUGCAAUUGAUACGUCAUAAUCGCGUACCUCAAUGAGCGUAUUUCUAUUAAUAUAUCCACAUAGACACAGAUAGCGAAGAAUAGCGGUCGCGCUUUUACGAAUUUCUCCGGAAACAUUUGAGAAAUGGGAAGACAGAGAAUGUAGACGUGAUUUUUUGAUACGGUUGAAAGGAACCUGUCAUCGCGAUGCGCAUCGUUGCAAGUUUUAAGCUUUAAACUACACCAGUCGAUAUUUAUGCUAUUUCUGGUACAAGUAAAUCUGGUACAAAUCUCGAUGAAUAGGCGUGUCGGAAAGUCGCGUGUCCGCAAUAUCCUUAAACGGAAAUCGGUGUAAUUCUUUCGGAAGCUCGCGACCGAUGAAGCUUCCGGUGUCCUUGCGGGUUCGCGGUGUCCAGCGAAAGCCCAUAAAAGCUGGAAAGCGGCGUGGAAGGUGGCAUACAAGCAACCUGCGCGCCUGCGACCAGGUCAUAGCGAUUGCGUAGACCGAAACGUGGCGGUGCACCAGUGAGAAUCGAGAUUCCGACUCGCUUGCAUGCGGGCCCAUCGAAAUAUUUAAAUACGAAAGACUAAUCUUUAACGGGAAUGUCGUUUCGAAGAAUAACUCGCUAUAAUCGUUAAGAGAUACUUUCUUGGAUAUAAAAAAAAAAAGAAAAGAAAAGAGAACGACAGAUAUAAUCGAGAUAUGUCUAGAUUACACGCUUUUUUAAAAUCAUCAAGAGCUACAUGUUGAUAUUUUGUGAAUGAAAAGUGCGAGGUAUGAUAAGAUAUCUUGAAUUUCUUCUUACUUUGUGUUACUAAUUACCUUUCUUCUUUUUUCUUUCGGACUUUUCAAACUUGCCACAAGAACAACGGGAAACCGGUGUUGAACGCUUUCCUAAAUAAAAAUAUCGCUUAACGCUUUAAUCUCUUUUCUCCGUUUCACGUAAUCAGAGGAACAAAAGUGUCGCUAUUAUUUCAAGAAAGAAGAUCGAUUAUACUACCGUGAUACCACUAAUCAGAGUUAUCGUCCUCGCGCGCUCUUCCAAAAUAUAAUGUUUCGAUAUGGCAGUGAGAUACUUGGAUGGUCCUUUUGUGUUCAGACUCAACGACAAUGGUACAGGACCGCAUCUUCUUAUACAGGUUUGUACGGAACGGGGCUGGAGAGAAUAUACUGGCGAAAAUAAUGUAUUCAAAGAUCGAUGGAAUUUAUGGUGGCGAUCCGGCGGCUUCCCCCUUCCCCAUUACAAGCUAUUACUCCCAUGGCAGUUUAUCAACAGAAUUCCGAAAGGGAGUUCGAUCUGUCGAAAAGACAAUCUUAUCCGUCAUCUUAGAUGUAUGAAGAAGAUGCACGGUUCGAUCUACGAUUUCAGUCCUGUAGGAUAUAACUUGCCAUCGGAAUAUACUAAAUUGGCGGAAGAAUGCAGCCGCUGUGAACACGACAGAGUUUGGAUCUGUAAGCCAGUUGGUCAAAGUCAGGGGAAAGGAAUCUUUUUGUUUCGUAAAUUAAGCGAUCUUACAUACGACAAUGCAGCAGUGGUUCAAAGAUACAUCGAGAAUCCCUUUCUGAUCGGAGGUUAUAAAUUCGAUCUGCGACUAUACGUGUGCGUACCCUCUUAUCGGCCUUUGACGAUAUACCUGUAUAAGGAAGGAUUGGCGCGUUUCGCUACAGAAAAAUUUUCAUUAGAACAUUUGAACGAUCCUUUCCGGCAUCUCACUAACUUUUCGUUAAAUAAAUUGGGUCCAGGAUACUCUGAGAAGAAGGAACGCGUCGGUUCUGGUUGCAAAUGGACUUUUAGACAAUUGAGAAGAUACUUCGAACAAGCUGGAUAUUACGAUUGGUUCCUUUGGCAGAGAAUAGCCUGUUUAGUCAGUUUAACUGUAUUGAGCCAAGCCGCGAGCAUACCGAAAUCUUCAAAUUGCUUCGAGUUUUUCGGAUUUGACGUAUUAAUCGACAGAAAUUUAAAACCAUGGUUACUAGAGGUCAAUCUAAGCCCAGCUUUAAGUAAUGACUGCGAAAUUGACUCUGAAGUGAAGAAACCUCUGCUGCAUGACCUGUUCGAUUUACUAGGUCUUCCAGUAUGCAACACCGGUCUCUCACUUUUUACGAUAUGGUCAACAAACCCGAUUGACGAUGAGGUUGAAGCGUCUUCCAAGUUUUGUACAAAUCGAACCAUGAAAAAGAAAUCGAAAACUUAUCGGGAAACUGAUGGUUUUCUAAAUAUAUGCACGGAACUUCGACCUACCGGUAAUAACCCAGAAAGCAACAAUAAAACGUCGAUAUGGGAUAAUGGUAAAGAUUGGAGUACGCCAUGCGCGAGAGAGGGAGGCUGGAUUCGCAUUUAUCCGUUGACACGAAUCAAAUCAGAGAAUCCCAUUAAUUAUGUAUCAUCUUUAUCGGAAACUACACGAAUUGCAGAAAAGGAAACCAGAAAUAUCGUACUUUCUAUACAAAAAUAUUUAAAAGCUGCCAAAGAAGUGCACAAAAAGAAUGAGAAAUAUAGAGAUGAACAGUAUAACGCUACAUUACGGAAAAUGGUGGAAUUAAAUACCGAAAUUUGGCUGCCAUCGAAAUAACUUAAUAUAUACAGAACACAUAUUCGGGUCUUUUAUCUGCAUAUUCUUUUUAUCAUUUAAGCAAAUCAGCACAAUAUGCUUUGACCAAUUAAAUGAUUCGAUGAUACUACAUUUAAGCCAGACUUUUCACAGCCAUAAAUAUUUCUCAAUAUUUUUAAUAGCGAAAUAUGGUUUAAAAUCCUAUUUUAAACAUAAUUGUGAUAGAAAUAUUAACGAAGAACAUUCCCAUUCUAUUGUCGUAUAUAUUCUAAAAUACCAUAUGUGGGUGAUUAAUAUGCGGGAUAAAGAAAAGAGACAUAUAUAUUCACCAAGAAAUUCUCGGUUUAUUGGAUAUUUUCUUGCAAAUGUACAUUAAUUCACUCCCUUUGCUGCUAACCUCUUGUCGCGCUCUUCAGCAAUCGAAAGCUUAACACCUUUGUCUCUUGGUAAGCUAAUAUACGGCUUUGUACCCUUGCCAAUGAUAAAAACGUUGUUCAACCUAAACGAAUGAUUUAUAUAUGAUAUAACAGCCGGCUCAAUAAUCUAACGUAGCUUAGAUUAACUUAAUAAACAAUAAUACUCGUGUUUCCUAAAUGGGUAAUACUGAAAAGUCUAUGUGAAAACAAUCAGUGACCAGUAUGAAGGAAAUUCAUUUUGACCAACUUUUGACUACAAUAUUUUUUAUAAUAUAUUAUAGCUUCGAUUAUGGUCACCAUAAAAAUAAAUUUACUCUUUCUUUUGUAAAAAUUUGAAAGCAAAAAAGAAUGUGCAAAAAUCAUGAAGUAUAAGCAAAUAAAGAGUAAAUAUUUUAAGUA